AUGAGCUCCAGACGUACAAACUGCCACGCGCUCUGGCGCCCGUGGUAUGUCAUCCUCACGACAGUGCUGGAAGUCUUCCUCAUCUACAGCGGUAUUGAACGUUAUGUGGCCUUCAAGGAGCAGGCUUUCGACCCCAAGUAUGGUGGAAACUGGCAGCACUCCGGCAUGCAUUUCGCUCUGACAAUGCUCAUCUGUGCUCUCUUCCACUUUUGCCUCUUCCUUUUCACCAGCGUCUGGCGAACCAUUAACCUGGCAAAUGAGGGCACCCAGAUCCACCGGAACCCAAUUUACUCCUCGUCUGUCUGGCCGUCGGAAUUUCCUCGCGGGGCGAUAGACGGCGGUGGCGUCGCCGUUGGAGAAGGAGGCGGCUUCGGAGGCUUCUACGCCACCAUGAACGGCAUUCUGCACGGCAAAAACAAUCUAGGCAUGAUGACGGGGGCGGCCCCUCCGGAAGAAGAGCACCUCGCUGCAGGAUCGGGGGCCGCAAUGGGCGUGGGGGUGGGACCUAUGCCCCUGGGCGCCAACUUUGACACCUGGUCGGCUCGCAGUGCAGUCCCGCCGAGCGAUUUUGGGAACCCCUACGUACCGCAUCUCUUCCGCAGCGCGGUAACAGGUACCCUCGCGACUGUCAGUCAUAAAUGCCGCCUGCCUUGGUGGAGGAGGUGCUGGGAUGGCCUACAGACUGCGUGGACCCGGACGAUACAAAAUUUCGUGCCAGUCUCCAGUUUCCUACACUUGGUCUCCGCUUAUGCCCUCUAUGUCUGCUUGCCAAUUCUUCAGGCUCAGCUCAUUUAUCAUCGGGCGCUUCCAGAAAGUGAGCUCCUUUUGAUGAUUUUUUAUGUGCUAGUAUUUGGGUCGGAAACAUGAAGGUAGGAUGUGGUUAUACAGCCCCACCUGAUAGACACAACACUAUUGGGGUUGGGGUUGUGGUUGGGGGUUAGGGUUAGAGGUUACCAUUUCUUAACCACUCAAAGUACACCCGCGCAUUCCCAAUAGCUUUUCUUUUGCUUACAACUGCUUGACCUCGUCGCCUGUGCGUUCUCCGGUCCCACCUGUGAAAACCCCCUUUUACCACCGGUCCCGUAUUACAGGUGGCUGGGGUUUGCUUACUUCAGGUGGGGCUACAUAACCACAUGUGACCAACAUGACUCCUGAGUGUUCCCCCGUUAAAUUCCAUUUCGUGCACAAAACCUCUAAAUCCGGUAGACUUGAUGUUCCGUUGCACUGAGCAAGGCACUUAAAGAAGGUGAUGUAAUACGAAAGGCAGAAACACAGGUGUAUCAUCAACAAUCAAUUCUGUCUUCACGGCUUAUCGGCUAUAAAAGCCGGUCCCCAGUGGGGCCAAACAGUUUAGGUGUUAUUUAGGAAUAUGGAGGACGGGAGUUGGACCCCUGGCCGUACUGAUUAGACCCUGGCCAGGGGAGACUGACGGUCCCAUUGAGCAGGAAGGAUCUCACUCCUGAUUUUCUGUUUGGGUCUUCAAACUUCAACCUGGGGUAGAAGGCGAAGUCGAUCUUGCUUAUCUCAUAUGGGGAGUGCCGUUUUUCGUCGAGCUUUCUAAUUUCCCUGGAAAUUAGUGUCCAAACGUGGUGCGAAUUCUCCGGCACAAACCCUAUCAAGUUCGGUCUGGACGUUGAUAUAAAUAUUUAGGCUGAAAUCCACCAAAUUCGGCGGAAUAACCCCCUAAUAUUCGGAUUUUACUAACAGACAGUCAGUAGCAUAUAGUAGUACAUAGACACUCCUACUUUUGUCUUGUUUGUUUGAAAGACGAAGUCUCCCUUGUCUCUCUCCGCUUGCCCCCAAACGGAGGUUUAAUGUCCGUUGAAUCCGAGGUCCCUGUCAGACCUUUAAUCGAGUUAUCAUAGGCAAAACGAAGAGUGUUAUUACUGUCAGGUGGUUCAUGGUCCGUUCAGGCGACUUUAUCUCUUGCUGUCACUUGCAGGCCGUUAAACAGGGCCAAGCUGACAGCUCCGGUUUGGUAUCUAGUCAGAGUCUCGCUUGUCCCUCAUAUCGGCGGACCGUUUUCGGCAAAAUUCCUAAUUUCCGCAGAAAUUAUGUGCUACCUUGGAGCAAAUUCUCCGACACAAACCCUAUCAGGCUUGGUAUGAAUAUUGAUAUGAAUAUCUAGACUGAAAUCCAUUUGAUUCGGCGGAAUAAACCCGUAAUAUUAGAAUUCUGCCAACAGACAGUCAGCAGUGCAUAGAUACUGACUGGUUACCCAUAAUCGCAUUAGGAAUAGCAGAUAAAAGGUCAGACACGUGCCCGGCACACAGUUACAUGUACAAACUGGAGAAUUUGGGUAAAAACAAACUUAAUGGGAAGAAAAUCCUGCAAUCGCUUCAUUGCUCACGCCAAACUGAAGCAUCUGUUCAUGCAUUAUGCUUCUCAAUACAAAGGUCUGUUGGCAUUGUGAAACGUUAAUCAUGUGCUCCUGGUUAUCUGCAGUUCACAAAUCCCCGCUUGCCACAAUUUAAACGCUCCGUUCGGUGUCUGUGAUUCCCGUAAACGUUCUCUGUUAAAAACAUAUCUUAGGACGGACUUCGAGGCUAACGACAGCACACACCGGCAUUAAUAAAGUGUUGACUAAAAUCUUGAAAUUUAAUUUAAGAUUUCAGUAUGUUGGCUUUCGGCUGAACCUCUUCUGUCAUCUAUGGUCUGCAGGUUUGUAUUUAAUCAUAAUUUUAGCGGCGUGCACCGUUUCCAUCGAUUUACGGAGGUAGUCUGAAUUCCAUCUGCUUACUGGAAAGUAUUAAUAGAAAAUAUCUUUAUCGUAAUUUUGGAGAUGGCAGCGCUCUCGGAGGUUAGAACUUUAUGAAUGGGAGUCCUUUGUUCUUGGUAAACUGUUGUAGUAGAAUUUUCUAGACGUUCAUUUGAAUAUUCGCGCAGUCUGAUAUUCACAAGCUUCGUACUGUUGUUUGCAAACUGUACGAGAUGGUCUCGAUCUACCUUGAUAUUGUAUGGGCGCCAGGUGGUCUUGUCAUAAAAAACAGUUACAUUCUCAAAGAGGACUAUCAUAUGACCUGGAAUAAAUGAAAUGCUUUUGUUGUUUUCCAGAUAUGCUUGCACUAAGGAUUUCCUAUAAUGCAAAGACAUUCGGUGUGCCCAAGAGUAAGCGUUAGGCAGACGGGAUUUUAGACAAAAACGAGCAUAGAAAUGCCAUGUUUUUAUAUUCCUCUGAGAAGUACAACACAGGAGUCCAAUAUAAAUGCAAACAGUAUUCGGUCGGAUUUUGUUUCGUGGCCGUAUCUACAGUAGACAAGCACCAUCCUAACCCUGACCCCUAACCCCAACUCCUAAACCCUAACUCCUAACAGGUACGGCCACGAAAUGGGACUUUGCCCAGUAUUCAUUACGCAAGUACUGUAUUUCCUCCAAUUGCGACUGACGUUGAGAAGAGGAAGUUCCUCUUUUAAAGGUGGUCGCUUUGUGCGAAUAAACACCGGACUAGGCUCCAGGCCAACCACAAUCUCAGUAAAUUGCCUAUUCCUGUGUAAACUAUGCCAGCUAAUGUUUCACUAGUUUACGCGACCUCCUGCUCUCCGACAGUUCUACCAUCACAGAUAAUGAGGCCUCGGUGGCCAUCUCUGCACGGACUUUCGAAGCAUCCAUUUCACCCCUCCUCCUGUAUCCACGUCCUAAGAUAAGGCCAAAAUGACGGCAGUUGAGGUGACUCGCUUGUGCGUGCCCCACGGCAUAAUCCCUAGUCCCGCGCGAACCAGGUUUCAGAGGGGGAGGCAGUCUCGGCGCUCACUUCUGGGCAUUUUAUUAAGGCAGUUAGGCAGGACAGGCAUACUAUGCCGAUUUUUGCGCAGUUUAUGGGGCACCAGUGAUGGGGGGUGGGGUCCGCGUGGCUUCCCACCACUGCACGAGCCACCCGUUGGUUGGUUCAGGGGCUUAGUAUAUGCAACAGCGCUGAGCCGAAGGGAUAGUUUGGGCAACGCCUGUCUGAAACAUCCAUCCGAUGUCCGUCUCAUUUCGCUCUGACUCUCGUAAGUGACCGACCGGGCCGAUGCGUUGGGUGAGUGUGCGAUAACAGUUUGGGGAAUAUCGGUCGGGAGCUGCAGAGUCGGUUUCGGUGGUGGUGGUGGUGGUGGUGGUAGUACCGAUGCUGCUAGUAGUGGACGUGCAGGACAAUGGGGGUGUUUAUUAGGCUAGACAUGUUCCUUCUAGACAUAAGGUGCUCCGGCUUGUCCCCUUCCCUCCCCCCUCCCCCUACCCCCGAAGUCCAUACUCGGGUUAGACCGCAGCAGCUGUCUGAGUCGAACCAGCAAAUAAGCCCCGGAUUUACCCUUUGGGACAUUUUGAGUCUGAUAAGCACGAGCGUGAAGAACACGUCUCCCCCCUCCCCCCACACACCAUGAGCUUCCGGGGGGGACACUUGCGAAGGUGCGCCAGACAGUUUCAAUCCCGCCGAAAAAGACUGGAGAUCAAAGAACCACCUGCCAUUUUGAAUGCAACUCACAAAACAGCUGGAUCGUCGCAAACGACGAUGUUCACCGCGUGCUCCACGGACUGGGCGCAGCAUCGGCGACUUGCGCGUGAAUUUUUCAAUUGAGAGACAGACUUGCGCAGCGUAUUCCGCAAGACAAUGUCAAAACGACCGGAGAUGGGCGCCGGCGCGGUGGCUGACAAAGCUGACAGCUUUCAGCCGAGUGCAAGUUUCACUUUCUGACAUUCGUGUAGAACUGUUAGAAGGAGCGCUUCCAGUUAGACGCGUUCAAACCGUCUGAUAGGGGACGAGCACUGCUUCCAGCUGAGUUGCCCUGUCAAUAUCACAUGAGAUCGCGGCAAUUAACGACGCCGGGGCGGACGGCCAGGCAUUCAUUGCAAUAAGUACUACCAUCUAAGGAUGAGUAGAAAUUAUCGGUUUUCACCCAAUUCUGUUGUUACUUUGUUUCACUGACAUUUUAGCCGAUGUGGAGGCCUCGGUGCCUAUAAGUUGCUGCCUUAGCUGAGGCUAGUACGAAGGGUUCACCGGGAAGACUUCACAAUGACAGGCUCAGUUACGUAAUCCCUUGGUUAGGAAACAACAGAAUUUAUCGCCUCGUACGAUGGAAAGAAGAAGUCCAAAUGGUCGUCAUCCCUCCGUGGAAUAAAAGGAUAGUAGGAGGAAUGGCAACGAUCUAAAAGCCCACUGUAAGUGAAUGUCGCGCUUUUCGUAAACCAAGCAGGCGAGAUCUUAUUUCGUAGCAGUACCUGUUAGGGGUUAGUGUUGGGAUUAAACCCCUAUUACCACUGCUCCCGUAUGACAGGCGGCUGGGGCUUGUCUACUGUAGGUAGGGCUACGAAAUAAGAUCCGACCACCAAGCAAACCAGGCGCUUCUCCUCUGCAGUGACUAUUUGUGCUGAAAAUAAAGCGGUUAGGCGCUUUUGACUACUGAUUGUGUAGUAGGGGAGGGGGGGGGGAGAGGGUGUGCGUCUUAGGAAAGGAGGCGCGAGGUUCGUAAAGGAGUUUCAAGAAAUCGGUCACUUCCAAUUAGCCACCGACUGAUAUGGCCUGGCUGGGCUUCGAUGGCCAAGUUCCUCAGGCCUUAGUUAGAUCCUUCUUGACGUCGGCCUGCGAAAUUGCCUUCACGCUCUUGAGCUUGAGAUCGGGAUCUGUCUCCGGGGUGUGGACGCCAGCCUUUAUAUACUUAAUGACCCCGCGCCACCAGUCUGGCUUCAUCAAACUCCCGUCUUUACGAUGUGGAUCUAAUCAACGACUCUCCCAAACAACCAUGGCUUCACGCCAAGUAUUCAGGCGGCGCUGGUAUUACUCCAUUGACUACUUCCUGUAUGCUGGAAGAAACAAACUUCCCACCGUCCAUCGGGUGUCUUUCAGCCCUCUGUACUCGCCUCCUGCCCUACCUGUCUGCUGCUCUGGCUUGAUCCUUUACUCUGUGAACAGGGUUAACAUUUUAAUUGCAUCGACAGCAUCUUUGUUUACUAAGGACAGACAGUGGCCGCCGCAAUUCAUUUUGAUCAGCAGCGGAGGAUCGUGGAGUCACAUUUGCCAUCGAAGCCGUUCACUCCCCUACCUGUGUGCCUACACGUGGACGGGGAUUCUCGAACGGUCAAGACUCGUUCCACCAUCAGCUCAUUACUUGUGCACACCGAGAAAGGCAAGACUAGCGAUCCCACUCCAGCCUUUCCUUCCUCUGAGGCGAAUUUUCUUUCCCUCCAUGUCACAUAUUGGAUGCACCGACACUCCUAAAACGUUGGCAGAAGUUUUUUUUGAUAUACUCUCCGGUGGAAGAUAUUAUUUAAGUGAGAUUCUAAAAACGGUUAACACAGACAGUUCUGCUUGGGUAUAUUUCCAUCAUUUUGCAUGAAUUAUAUUCGGCAAGAAAUUACAGCUUAAUUGCUUUUGAUCUUUCUAGUUUAUUUGCUAUGCUUAUGCGUACCGAGGACCAGUGCCGACAAAGACAAAAAAGACUGGGAUGGCCAUUUCUGACUUAUUAGCCGUGGACCGGGCAUACUAGAUCAAAUGUCUUCAUGGCUUGGGAUUUAAACCCGGACUCGUUGGCCAUGGUCAUGUAUAUAUAUACUUAGUGGAGAUAGAAAGGUGUGUAGGCAGAUGAUAUGGAUAUAUCUCGGUUUUAUCCUGCCUUCAGUUGUCCACCCACAACUUUAACAGCCGCCUGGGAAUCAUCUGCGCGGAGGUUUGCGCUUCUGGUUUUGGAUGUUGGUGCUGGCGUAAGGUAUAUUCCUGAGGCACUUCAUACUUUCCAACAGGCUAAAUUUACGCUAGCAAGCUGUAAAGCCGCCAAAGACUGUCAUUUGUCGAUCAAAUAGCUGUCUAAAAUGCUAUAUAUCUGUCUUUCCUCUCUAUUAACCGUGCAAAACUGCUUAAUUUUUCACGAACGAGACGAUAAAAAGUUCAUUCAUUAUGACUGUUUCCCUCUUUCUACUCCAGCCGUUUAUCGCAACCCUAUUAGUUAUGCUUUAAUUACAGACCCGAUCGCCCUCUCUCCGCAUGUGCUCCCUAAUCACGCUUGAAUGAACGUCAAUCUGUGCACUGACAGUUUGAUCAUUUGUCGUUUUAAUCACCCACUUAGAAACCACUGAAACCCAUGGCCACCAAAAUGGUCUGCUCAGUAAAUAAGUAUUUUCGCAGACACAUAAAUGAAUUCUAGUAAUUUGCCACUUCCAAAUGCUCUGGCUUAAAAACGUGUUAUUAUGUCACGCCGUGGACGCUUUUUGCCUACGAGAAACCAAAUAUCCGCUGGUCUGUUGAUUCCGUUCAUGAAAGACAAAUUGACCGUGGUAUAUGCAAAUAUUUAUGGUGUUUAAAGCAUAUCUAGAGAGAAUCUUUCAAAAGACCUAUUGCGACAUCUUCAUUGAGUAUGCCAACCUAGUAGCUUCCAAAUCCUAAGGGUUAAAUAUUUUGGAGUCCCCAGGAAUAGCGGUAUUUUUAAAUACCAAAAUCGUUCUCGUUUUCUGGUACGAACCCCCGAGAAGACGGACGUUCCGCGGAAGGAAUAAAGGGGGGGAAUUUUCAUCACUUUCUAGAUAAACUAAGCAGCUGUUGUGUCCAGAGAAAACCGAUAGUCAACAGCAUAAAUUGUUUGGGUCUACCUGCAACAUGUUUUUCCCCGAAUAAAUUCGAAUAAAACGGAGGUUACGACGGAAGCAGUGUCUAAUGGUGUAAUCAACUUCCGGGAAUUUUUAUCCAGUACUGCCUUGCACUCAUCCUAGGCCGUCACUAUACUAACGACCCAUUACCAGCAGUUACGCAAAAACCAUUUACAGUUGAGUCAGAGGUCCAGAAAUGUAGGGACUCCACGAAUCUUAACCUUGUUAAGGCUAAAGUAUGUAUUGUUUUCUGAUUUAUAUCCUCCCAGCCCGCUUACGGGUUUGUAACGAGAGAGUUGACAUUUCAUAGUGCGUAAAACGACUUGAAAUGGUGCUUCCUUAGAUUACCUCCAUUAAAGUACAUCUCAAACAGUAUUCCCUUUGCUAUUACCGACAAAGACAAGAGAGACUGGUCAUACUCAACCCCGAAGUGUGGCACACCCGAGGCUCGAACUCGCGACCUGUUUGUUAGAAGUCCACGCCUCUAACCACUGAGCCACGAGCCCGUUGUCCUGUCCGCUUUCGAUCGGGAAUAUACAAUGGUAGGGGACGCUUACCGAUCGUUCUUACGGAACUCACUCGUUCCGUUGUGCAUUAUGGACUCUCUCUCUCUCUCGAGCCCAACCAGUCGGUAAUAUCAUUCUGCCUAUAUCAUGCGCCGCUGUGCGGCCGCUGGUUGGGCUCGAAAGACGGAGAGUCCAUAAGGCACAACGGAACGAGUGAGUUCCGUAAGAACGAUCGGUGAGCGUCCCCAACCAUAGUAUUCCCUUUCUGUCCGCAAGCAUGAGGAGUUGAACCACGGUUUCACGAAAUCUGACGUCUUUUGUGCGCAGGUCUGUGGCCAUGGAGGUAGCGGGUUUCAUAUCCUACCAGACCUGUGCCAUACCAGCUUUUUGCGCGCACACAGGCGGUCAGCCCUCGGUAUAAAUCAUACUUAAUUCGUGUGCAUGCGUACAUGCGUGCGUUUGUGUGUAUGCGUGUGCGUGUGUGUUCGUCGUGGGGGUGUUUCUGGGUGUGACCACCCUUUGACCGUUUAGAGAAGGUAGCCAGCACCUCACAAGAGACGCGCGUGUGUGCGUGUCUGAAUCAUGUUUGCUCGGCCUAAGCACGUCGGCGCCUCCCCCGGUUGUGAAAGCCACAAGCCUCGGGACUUUUGGGACCUCGAAAUAUAACUGGUGGGGCCUGUGAACAACCGAUAUGCGGGGAAGCUGGACGAUCAGGAUGCCUGCCAGGCGAAUCUAGCGUCCCAUCUGGCUGCGGUCAAAUUGCCACUUACGUGGAGCAGGCCGAGGGCAUUGGAACGUUCAACUCCUCGCUACAUUCUCCCGACAGAUGGGUAAACAUGGGUCGUACAUGGCCAAUGGUCGAUGAGGCGAAGUAGUUGUGAACGGUUAGAGCCCGGCAGGAGCCCGCAUCGCAGGCGGCCCAUUAUACAGUUGCACCCUGUCUGCCCAGACAGUUUGGUAUUCGUUUACACAGGAAGUUGCAAGCAACAUUCAUUCAACGCACCCAUAACUGCCCCAUUGCUUCCUCGCGGUAUUCAUGAAGACUUUGGACUUCUACAUUCUCAUUUAUCUAGUGGGGCAUAUCUUGCAGACACGCAUAUUGGUGUUUGCUGGAACUCACGACGUGGGGACGAGAUUUUAGGAUUAGUAUAGAUAGAAAAUUAUGCUGAACGAAUAAAAUCCAUUUGCAUUUUUCCACCCGGAAAUAGACAAGCAGACCAAGGACUACAGUGAGUGACCGAUCUGAUAAAAUGUGGGCUGAAAUUCCGAAAUGCAUUUUCGAUUGGGAAGGAUUACUUGGGCGCGGUUGUAAUACUGAUUAUCUUGCGGCAUAAUCAUAUAAUAUUUCGGACUCGGCAGGAUGUCGGCUUUUCAAUACACUGCUUUUCAAUCUCCUGUAGGAACCGCACUCGGUAAAAAAUGAAUACUUAAGUAGCAUGCGUUUUCCCAUUGAUUUUCGAAGGUCUUGCAAAUUCAAAUAUAUCUUAAAAACCAUGAACAAAAAUAUGCUUUCUUUCAGUCGUUUGAUAGAGAAUCACAUCAUCUGCAUAUUUUAUACUUAGGUUUUAAAAAGUUUCUAAUUAUGAGAUUUCUUAAGACCGCGCAAUGUCCAUUUACAUAGCAUCGUACCUGGUCGUUUACCACAGCUCCUCAUGAAAUGUACAACAUAGUCCGCAUUCAUUGCAAAAUGUUAUGGAUUUUGUACGAUAUCUUUCUAAUGACAUAGAAAAAUAUGUGAUUUUCUUCACGUGGAACGCAUGCACCUGGUAGAGUGCAAUCCCUAAGCGCUAAUGCAACGAAUGAUCAGGCUCCAAAUUACUCGGCAAUUAGAAGACUUUUUUAAAACCUAAGUAUACUCCUUCUUCGAGUAUAAAAUAUGCAAAUGACGUGAUUCUCUAUCAAACGACUGAAAGAAAGCAUAUUUUUGUUCAUGGUUUUUAAGAUAUAUUUGAAUUUGCAAGACCUUCGAAAAUCAAUGGGAAAAGGCAUGCUACUUAAGUAGCCAUUUUUUACCGAGUGCGGUUCCUACAGGAGAUUGAAAAGCAGUGUAUUGAAAAGCCGACAUCCUGCCGAGUCCGAAAUAUUAUAUGAUUAUGCCGCAAGAUAAUCAGUAUUACAACCGCCCCUAAGUAAUCCUUCCCAAUCGAAAAUGCAUUUCGGAAUCUCAGCCAACAUUUCAUGAGAUCGUUCACUCACUGUAGAGGCUUUCACGGAGGGGUGGCAGUUGUCGGAAUAAAUUCAAUGGGUGGCGUAACUCAUGAGAUUUGACUAAAUGUACGAAACAGUAUUAGUCCAGUCGAAUCGACCACUACUCCAAACUGAUGAUGAAUAGGCUUCACUGAAGUGUAACCAUCAAAGAAGUUUCGAAGGUAAUAUUGCGUUGGUUGGAAAUAAUAAUUUUUUUAAAGCGGAAAUGCUGGAAACUGAUAUUCCUGUUAAAUGGGUAAACUUGAUUCGCAUUAGUGAGCGAGCUUUUCUGUGCCUCUCCUGGUUUACGAGGGCUAAAAAUUGAUUUUCAAGUUGACGAAGAUUUUUUAGUAAGCCCUUCCGAUUAACUUAAUGCCCUCUUGCUGAAAAAUACGUACUGAUGAAUAAAAAUGACCCAGAACAGUUAGUAACAUAGGAAAUCGACCCAAUAUAAGGUAAUCUUGAGGUUCGUUCAACAAAGAAAACCCUUUUCUUGGAGAAAAUUACUUAGAAGCACAUUCUGCAUGAGAAGAAGACUUUCCUGACUGCGUUAGGUUAAUAAGCAAGGUACUACGUUCAGGCUGCCCCAAAUGGUAAUAUACAUUGUCGGCCACCAAGUCUCAUGAAUAAAGAUAGAGCCAACACUGCGCCCCACCCCCCCUCAUUCUAAGACAGUUGUUUUGCCCUUUUUUGAUAAUUCUGGUCGUUUUUUACAGCCAAUCGAUGGGUUCGCUUGGUGAAGCCCUCUGUUACAAAUUCGUGCAGAGGAAAGUUUAUCAUUUUUGAUUGGUUGCCUUCUACUCUGGUGUUAGAAAACACCAACAUGUCAUAUCCGGUCGGUCUCAGGACUUACAACAAAUCUGCGCACGGUUUCCGUUACUAGAAAACAACAAUUUUAAAAAUUGAAACUUUACUUAUGUGGUACAAGCUUUACGACUGAGCGAACACAUACAAUAAAAUUCCCAUCUAUCUCAAUCCUAUAUAUUCUGGCGACGCACAAGAGCGUGAUAAGUGACCUUGUAUCAUUCGCAAUUGACAGCCGGAUCGUCUGCAGAAAUGGCAUUUUUUGUUAAAAAAUGGUCACAGAUCUUCCGCACUAAACGCCUACCUAGUCAUGUUGCUUAAAUUGUCUAGUGAGAAAUAGAUUUGCUGUGCGAAUGUGUUCUUUGCGUGCUAUGCUAAUUGUCGAAGCUACUGAGAGGCAAGAAUAUCCGGAUUAUGCGAAAUAUUCACAAGUCUUUAAAAAUAAACCCUUGAAGCAAGGAAAUCAGUGAAUACUUAAAUGUCAUUGAAUGGACAUACAGGAAUAUGGACCCCGUAUUACAGUUAGUUUUGUGCUAAACUCCGUGGGUCUUAGGGUCAGUAAAGUUAGGACACGGGAAUAGGUACUCCCUGGAAUUUAUUGCGAGACCAUCUGUAGUAGUGGGGGGGGGGCAUAUUCCCACGUCCGGUCAUUUCGUUAAAUAUUUAAUGUGGGCCUUUUUCGUACUGAUCAGUCAAUCCGUCUAGACUGGAGUGUCGAACAGCACUAGGAUAUACAUGUGCCAUUCCCAACCAACACCCACAAUUCCAGCUUGCCUGCUUAUGCAUUUCCUCGGCGUGGCACUUAAAUUUGAACUUCAGGCGUCCAAAACUAGGUGAAAUAUGCUAUGAGAAAAGGCCAACUGUCCUCCCAAAAAGCCAGUCCAGAAGUCAGUCGUCCAGUCUAACCAGUGUUGCCGAGGUCUCUAUCGGCUUAUUCAUGUCAUGCGGUUGACUGGUGAGCUAUCGAUUUCACUUUCUUUUGGUAUGGCUGGCGUGGCGGUAUGCGACAAUAAUCAGCGCUGUGUCACUGCCGUGCAGCAGAACGACCCGUAUCUGUUUCACGCCUAGUUACCAUCGCCAGCAGACGCGAAAGUCCUUCCGCCUGAUCCGGAAUUCGAACUGUUGGCCCCGAGGUAAAAAUGUUGAUUGGAUGUGGUUAUGUGGCCCCACCUGAAGUGAACAAACCUCAGCCACCUGCAAUACGGGAUCGGUGGUAAUAGGAGGUUUUUACAGGUGGGGCUGGGGAGAGCACAGGCGACGAGGUCAAGUAAUUAUUUGCAAAAAAGCUAUUGGGAAUGCGCGGUUGUACGUGGAGUGGUUGAGAAAUAGGUGCCCUAACCCGUAACCAUAACCCCUAACCCCGUGUCCAUCAGGUGGGACUACGUAACCAAAUCUUACCAAAUCGUUCUCAAAAUACAGGCGCGCAUGGCACUGUGAGGCAUUGCAAACGCAAGAGUACUGGCCUUGAAUAUCGGGAUUAGUUUCCUUAUGUGACAUUAUUACGUUAAGUGUCCUACUAAAAAUGCCGCUGGUGAAAUAAGAUUUUCUUCUGUAUUGGAAGUGCGUCCACCAAUCGGGUAAGGGGGCGUGCUUGUCCCGUUGUGUUUCGGCAUCCGCAGGUGGACGUACCGCGAUUUGUAAUAGGAGUAGAAGGAGAUUGCCGACUAAGGACGACUGAGAUGGCCACCUCCGGCCUUUUAGCUGCUGUCAGAUGGCCUUACUCGCCCCUUGAUUUUAAAUUUUACACUCUAGUCAGUCGCUUUGGCUAGGACACGCGACUGAGCGGUUACUUGAGCAAGUUCUGGGCGCGAUUUAGUCAAGGGAGCUGUCCAGCUACAGCAGAGUAUGUGAGACGGUAUUUCAAUCUAUUGUAUGGUUCUUCCUUCAGUAGCCGGAGCUGGCGUGGGGGCCAUAGAAUAGAUAAAAUAUUGCUUAGUUCGCACCGGGAUACCGGAAGCUUCCAGAGUCUACAGCAUCCUUUCCCAGCACUUACAUCUCUCUCUCUCUAGGUUUCCUUCCUUUUGUUACACUUCGUCAGCAAGCACGUCCUGCAUCGCUGACGUGCAUCUCUAGUCCCUGGUUCUCACGUCCAGACUCACAGUACGUCAUCGCCCAGGAGAAGGCGGAGGAGAAAGAGGUGAGAAGCGUCUAGUGGCCGACUUAGCGAAACAAAGCUGGAGGCGGAGGGGGGGGGGGGUUGAUCCGUGGCACGCUAAGCCCCCCCAUUGGUGCAACCCAGCUCUUGAGAUUAGAUCCGCACGAGGAGAAACGGGGAACUGAAAGAUGUACAGCAGUCAUUUGGACGGGGGGGGAUAGGACUUUGGCGAUGUGAAUGAGGACGAAGCCGAGUAGGAAGCCCUUGGUUUUUAUCGCUCAUCAGACAAACAAAUGCGUUUGCCAGAGAGUUGAAAUAUGACGGUCACCCUCGACUCAGCCUUAUGGGGAAGUCCAACAGUCUACCGUUCCGAUGCCUCCGUUAUCAUCCAAAUGCACGAUGUCAAAGCUGACAAAUUCCUGCGCUCCAAUUAUAAGCGGCCUAUGUGUUAAUCUUGUCGUCCAAUUCUUGUUAGUUUAAUAAGGAUUUGAGGCAAGACCUAAGUAUAUAACCACCCCCCCCCCCACCUGAAAUCUAUGCUUACAUGGUUGCUACUUACUCUUAUAUAGGGAGACGUCUGGAUUUGGUUAUCGACCUAGGAAAUGACACUUCCGGCAUUUCCUUCGGCUCCCGCGACUCAGCCAACGCUUGGUUGUCUACCCUGAGAAGGAUGCAUUUGAAAUUAUACUCACCUUAUUUACCUGCUUGGUGACAGCUCGCGUUGCAAAGUCGCAGGAAAAGACACUGUAGUGACCUUGUACGGCGGCAUGACGGGACUUUGCUCCUAUUGAUGCGAUACAAAAUUCAACCAUAAUGACAUUUGAUUGUCCAGCCCGGACUCAGCAGCUAAACGUCUAAUAGGGACUGCACAGUUUAGAAACGUUCACGUUAUUGUGGGAUGACAGUAUCAGGGGAUGGUUCUGCUGGUACCGCCCUCGUAGGCAUCGUGAACAGCAUUCAACAAUGACGUCAGGCUGGUAUUGGGGCUUGCAGUGUUCAUGAGACACAGAGCGAUCUGGAUGUUGAUUUGGGGGGAGGGGGGAGUGGAGGGGAAGGCUGAUGGUUGUAGUUCAGCAUCUGGAUUAUUCAGAUGUUACUAUUAUUUGCGUGCUGAACAGUCACUGACGGGAAGUUGCUCCCAGAGAGCUACUACAUCCUGUCUAAUUCACUCUUACCCGGUCAGCUGGCAUCACCUACUAUGUCGAUGCACAAUUCACGCUCAAGUCAGCCGUCCAUGCAAAGCCGAAAAAACAUCAGACUUGGACCCGAGCGCAUUUGUUCGGUGCUUGGGAAUCACCUUUACUGAUGUGGUUCCAUGCUGAGUGUCAUUAAGCACGAGAGAAGAAAUACAAGCUGAAGUUUUUAUCGUUAUCUCUGAAGUACUAUGGGUCGGAUCUUAUUUCGUAGCCGCACCUGCAGUAGACAAGUCCCAGCCCAACCCCUAACAGGUAUGGCUACGAAAUAAGAUCUUGGCGUACUUAUGUCAUCUGUAGCAUCCAUAUGCUCUGACCUGUUCGACCCUCCGUAUUCUGGCUCACGGGUUGGCGCCGGGGACUGGGUAGCUUACCAUUGUGGAAUGGGCUGAAACCUCAAGCCGGUGUGCUUCGACGUCAGGCUCUACAUGCGUGGCGAUGCUGAUUGUGUGUUGGUUUUUUCCUUUUUCAUUAUUUCCUAGGCAAAAUAUGGUUGAGCGACCUUACUCGGAUCAUGUCAAAGGUCACCGACAAGUGUGAGCGAGGGAACCUCUGUGUCGGCAGUCUCGCUGCGGAUAUGUCCGCGGAGUUCUUCAACCUCCUGUUCGCAUUCGCAGCCAUCGCCCUCCGCUAUCCUUCCGUCUUCUGGCGAGCCAACCGCUCAUUCUCCUUCCUCUUCUCCUUCCUCCUUGUCCUCUUGGGGAUACAGGCCCUCGUGGAAGUGAGUACGGCACAUGUACUAGUCAAACUCUGUUGGAACACACGAGCCCUUCCGCUGGGCGCUGCUGUGUUAUCGGCCGUCUGCACAGAGGUGCCGGUCUCCACUCCUCCCCCUCCUCCGCCCCCAGAACCCCCACAGGACAGUGUGAGGGCCCCCCUGUCCUUCGAUGAUUUGCUGCCAGAGAGCGCGGAAGGUCUGCAGAGCGGCACGCCCCUCUUCCUCUCCGUCUCUGGAAGCCUCUUAAUGGUCUGCCUCUCCGCCAGCAUAUUCGAGUACGGCCUACAACAGCUGCCUUCCAGGAUGACUGGCCUGCGGACGUGUGCUCUAGACGGCAGCGCGGGCGGUUGCCGCGCGGAACACGUCAACACGCCGACCUCUGGUCUGGAGGAGGGGGGCUCAGCGGACUCGGCGGUUGCUGGGGUGGCGGGUGGUGCCACGGGCUCGAACAGAGACUUCUCCAGUGAGUCGGGGGUCGGUGGUGUAGCGGCGACAACAAUGGCGGGAUCGGCCGGUUCUACUGCGUCGCGCCGCAGCUUCUUCCCUCAUCUGGUUGCGGUGCUGGGCAGUUUGGUUGUCCUGGCCAUCAAGGUGCCCCUGGUGGUGGCAUGUAUUCAAAUCUACCAGGUUCGGCGGGAGAACCUAAUGCUGGCAAAUGUGCUCAUUACGAUCCUCUUCUUCUGUGUCUGGUUCAUUGCCUGGUUUGCAUUCUGUCUGAAGCCCUCUUGGAACUUCAAGGUGAGAUCUCACUCGAGAACCGCUGAGUUUGCAUUGCGAAUACAGGAGUUAUUUUCACGGUUGGUGGGCUAAAUCAUGAAAUGUCGACCGAAAUUCCGAAAUGCGUUUUUGUUUCGAAAAGAUUAACUAAGUAGGGUUGUAAAACUAGUCAGCCUGCAACGUAAUUCUAUAAUAAUUCACUUACCUCAGGAUGCCUGCUUUCAAAUGAACUUCCUUAAAGCUGCAUGCAAAAACCACACUCUGUAAAAAAUGACCACUUAUGUAGUAUGAAUUUAUCUCACUGAUUUCCGAUGCCCCUAAAAGUCCAAUUAUAUUUUAUGGAAAAUAUGCAUAAAAAUAUUCAUUAUUUCGCUCAUUUGGUAGACAGUUACAUCUUCCAAUCUUAUACUCGAAGGAAAGGUAUAAUUUGGUUUUCAAAAACUUUUCCAAUUCCCGAAUAAACUUGAACCCGCUCUACCGUUACACUUGAAUUCAGGGCUUCCAAACUACAAGCCGUCUAUUUUCCGCGUACGGAAAACCACACAUUUACCUACGGUAAUUAAGCAGUGGAUUCGAGCUAUAUUGUUAACUUUACAAGCCACAUUGGUAAAUGCUGAGGCAUGACGAUUUAUGAACGGCCAUUUCACGGUAUUUAAAAGUCCCAAAAUUAGAAACUUUUUUGAAACCGAAUUGUGCCCCUCAUUCGAGUAUAAAAUUAGAAAAAGACGUAAUUAUCUACCGAAGGGGCGAAAUAAUGAAUAUUUUUAUGCACGUUUUCCAUGACAUAUAAUUGGACUUUUAGGGGCAUCGAAAAUCGAUGAGAAAAAUUCACGCUACUUAAGUAGCCAUUUGUUACCGACUGCAGUCUUUUCAUGCAGCCGGAAGGAAGUUCAUUCGAAAGCCGGCAUCCUGAGGCAAAUAAAAAAUAUUAUAGAAUUAUGUUGCAGGCUGACUAGUUUUACAACCCUACUUAAUCUUUUCGAAACGAAAACGCAUUUCGGAAUUUCGGUCGACAUUUCAUGAGUUAGACACCUACUGUAUGCUGAGCACAUAUCUGAACUGGAAAGCAUUAACUAAACGAUCGUAGAUACAAGCAUAGGUUAUUGGUGGCGACAGCAGUCUACGAAUAUGGCAUUAUUUCUUUCAUCUUUGUCUGUUUCCGUAACUGAGGGUGUGUACGAGCCUGAACCCCUCGACUCAAAAGGAUAAACUCAUCAACUAAUAAAUUCCGCAAUGAACCCAGUCUCUUAGGCGUGCUUACUACUGUUUAGAUCUUAAUACGAUAAGUGACUUAUUUUGUCGGGUCGCAAGUAAUAACAUCGUCCGUGUGGCCCACGUAACGGCUGCAGCAGCGGUGACGUGUGCGUGAAUUAGUUUAUAAUGAGGGCGACUUGCGCAGCGUCUACCACACACUCUCUCUCCUCCCUCCCUCACCAUGCUUUGGUGUCAAAACGGACUCAGGGCUACCAGAGGUGAGUGCAAACGCAGUUGUUGACUGGGCUAAGCGUUCCGUCUACGCGUGCCAUACACCCGACCUGAUCCCCACUUCAGACGUACAAGACUGCUCUAGGAAAGCUUGAGUCUCAUGUAUUGAGAAUGCAUAGGAUAUUGUUUUAGAUAGGGGGAAUGCGAGUACACGUAGAGCUGGGGAGCCUAUCGUCCGUAGAACAUCCAACCCUCGAUCGGGAGGUCGUCUAAUUGACUCCGCUUGGACGUACGUAUUUUCUGCCUUGUAAAGUCCCACAUUUUUCCGAUUCUGUCAUGGAAAAUGCUCUAACCGCAAACACUUUGGGGAUAAUCUACUGAGCUGUCUCAAAACAGCGUAUGUUACCGCCCACGACGUGGAAGAUUGCCAACUAAUAGAAGGCCCAGUUCUUUGAAAAGGGCCAGACUGCAGUGGCUGCUUACUUAGGCUUCGAUGGUACAUAUGUGUGGGGAGCUAAUCCGAAAGCCGGGGUGUCACAAAGGCUAGAGCUUGAUGUCUCUGCCGUAAUGGUAUCGUCUUCACCCAUCGAUCGUUCUAGUGGGUGUCCACACAUGUCUGGCUACUGUAGCGCGGUGGGUUCUGGAUGAAAAACCAGUCGGUAUUUCGGAAGUUCUCCACGCGCUGAGUUGCUGUACAUGCAACUUGCAACUGCUCGAGGUCUGGAGUAGUCUUAAUCGAAAAUGCUUUACGAUCCUUUUGGAGCUGUGGGCACCCUGCCGCUAGGCAAUGGGAAGCACCCCCUACUGUUGCCAGUCCGGAGUUAUAGACUGUUUCAAUUAUCGUAGGGUCAUUUUAUUGCUAGAAGUGCGGUAUAGGCCUGACUCCAUUGUCUGGAACGAUGUCGCUCGCAGUUUCUGCAAGUCUGGGUCCUUCACACCAUCUUGAUCAUGGCAAAACUUUGCGCGCGCCAAACAUUUGUCCAGGCAGUUCUCCCUCCCUGCGGUUGUGAAUUCUGAGUGGCGCUCCGGGAACAAGAGCAAAAACCGGAUGUUAUUGAAUGUUAUUGCCUGAAAACUGAACUCCUAUUGAGGCACUUAGACUUCGUCCUGAGAGAGGGAGAGUCCUCAGUCGCUGCGGCCGCCUCGAAAAGAUAUCUCAGGUCCAUCAAUAACGACGCCCAAGGUGGAUCCAGGACGUUCUCCGUCGUUCGUCCCGUGAGUUCAGUUCUGUUUUGCUAACUAUAAGACGAUCAUCUCGCUGGAGGCGGCAAAGAGGUGACUAGCAUGAAACCUGACUCGGCACAGACCAUCAGGACAUGGGGAUGGUUAUUGAAUCUCCGGCAUCUGGUCUCCGUUGGUAUUGGAAAAAGGGGAUCUAACUCCCCGAAUUCUUGACCGUAGUUUGUCGUGCGUGGAGGGACACUACACGGGUGAAAUCGAUCCCAGUUAGAUCAGCGUGAUCAGAGUCGAAUCUUCAAGUAGUUUGUAGACCAACUGGCGUUAAAGAGCUUUUAGAAGGGUAUACACUCGAGGAGACAUAAUUUAGAAGUAGCUAUUUAACUCCUAGUUUGCAAGAAUACGUAUGGGCAGAGUUGCCGCCACCUUACUCGUUGCAGCCUCUUAAGCAGGCAGACUCCUUUGCAGUUGCAUACUGCUCAUUCUAAUUCUGCGAGAGGGAGGUGUGUGUACGAACCAGAAGUUGAUGCGAAGAGGACAGCUAGGUCGGGGAAUGGGGAACGCUUACCGGAAACGCCUAAGGUGCAACCUCGGAAAGGUUUAAUAGUCUGACAGAAUGGUACAUUUAUCAUACGGUCGUUAGUGCAGUUUUAUUUUUUUUCACGAGGGCGGGAAAAGAAAUGGCGUUCGGCGCAACUGUCCUCUCUCUCUGGGGUAGUCAGAUAUUUCUUACCCGGGCGGACGCAUACAUCUGUUUAAUUUCUUGCCGACGUCACCCUGGGUUACGCCCUAUUUCCUCGCGCUACUGACUUUCGUCUCGGAACAGCCUUCCCCCGUAGAGCUGGGACUUGGUGUUCUGGCGUCCAACCUGGUGAAAUGGUACUCCGUUUGCUUGACCAGAACGAACGGGAAAUCUUGGGCUUCAGGUCAAGCCAGUCAUUGACGACGACGGCCACACUUGAAAGGUAGCGCACGUCAGCCCUCUGCCAAGCAAUUCUGCCUGUGCUGCCUGGGUGAUCGGGUGUCGACUUCGGUCGUUGCUGCUACUUAGAAGACGCUAGAAUACGUCACCCACUCACACAAGCACCGGCGACGGUUGAGGUCACUGUGACAACCAUGGCUUGGCACGCUUCCCACCCACUCCGUCCUGACAGUAGUUAUAGUCCUGCUGCAGGCGAUUAGUACAUGACGUCAAACGCGUCCCCCAGUUGCUAAUAUUUCACGCGAAUGAGCAGACAAUGACCAUCCGUCUAUUCCUACACCAAGGCACGCAACGCGCCAUAGCUUGGCUACAAGUCUCGCCAUAGAGAGCGAGAGCGAGAGAGAGACGGGGGGUGGCCAACGAUGAACACCCCGUUUGGCAGGCGUUGUGUUAUAUCUGUGUUUGUCCGGUCCCUUCGAUAUGUUCACGCAUGUAUUUCCCGUGUCCCUCAUCUCCCCUACACGCAAUUUGCCGCCUAACGUACGUGUGAGGGCAUGACCACCCUUCUUCCUCUGUGUGUGUGUGCGUGUGUGGGGGAUUUGGGAUUCACUCCGCGCACAAAAUUCUCACACGCGCACGCACAAGUGCUGCUUUUUGUCGGUACAUAAAAUGGUCUACUCCCAAGUCCCGCUCACUGUCAACGCCGGUGGUGGCGACGACAGAUGGAUGCAAAACUGACGGUCCUCCCUCGAAGGGAGGGGGGGGGGGGGGCUGGACGACGACAGUAUGACGUGUAAUUUACCAAUGGGGCCCGUAGCUAUGGUGUCUAUUUGGUGAGAGCGUCCACCAAUUAGCAGGCGUAGCCGGGCUUCCCACAGACUACGACUAAAGCGCACUGGCUACGAAAAAUGAGCCUCUUUUACGGAAAGAAUGUUUACGGGUUGACGUAGCACAGGGUUUCAACAGUCCACAAGUGCCCAGGCUAUCUCAAACCAGGGGCUUCGGUCGUCCCAAUUUGUGGGGUUGACGCCUUCGCUUUGCACUAAAAAGGUAAACGUUCUACGCAAUGCAGUCGUCUGAAGCGCAGUGCGACAUAACGUAUGUCGUUAGCUAAUCAGACCACCGAAAUAGGAGACCAAAAAUGUUGCAGCACGACUAAGACGGUGACCUUAUGCCAUGUCAGGUAUUGCUUCUGAUCUCAUAUACAGCCCGUCUGACUGCGAUUUGUUACUGGUAAACUGGAAGAAAGCGAAAGGAUGAUGGCGUCGGAUCUGCACAAGCCCUCCUCACUAUAAUAAAUCUUGAGCCCUUUUGGAUUUAUCAAGACACGAAAAUUCGUAAUCUGAAAGGUUACCAGUUAGAAGCAUAAUUCGGCCGUCUCCCGGGGUAACGAUGAGGUUGCAGUAGCUCCUUUCGAGUGUUGUUUGAUGAAAACUCUCGCACCUAGGCGAGAUUUUACUACUACUACUACUACUACUACUACUACUACUACUACUACUACUACUACUACUACUACUACUACUACUACUACUACUACUACUACUACUACUACUACUACUACUACUACUACUACUACUACUACUACUACUACUACUACUACUACUACUACUACUAUUACUGAUGAUGACGACUCUGGAUUAAACCCCUGCUCUCUACAGAAAAUCGAACCAGGGAACAUUUGUAGUUCGCACCUAUUUCGGAGCAUUUACCGCUGAAUUAACUAAUAAUCAUCCAUUUGGUUCUUUCGUUUAAAGUAGGGCGGUCGGUCUUAAUCAUUGAAAACAUCUUACUGUAGAAGGGCAAAGUUACUCGCCUACGCAAAGGCCAAUAUCUCGACGGUUCUCCAUAUGCAGGUUCGACAAUACAAACUGUCCAUGAGAGGCUUCUGGGAAACUUGUAGACCAGUAUAUGAAACAGCGACAUGCAGGCUAUUAAGAGAGAUGGGAUGAGAUUUAUGAAGUAAGAAUUGCCCUUGCUUACCUAUCAUUGCGUUACGGGCCGUCAGAGACGUCUUUUAGAAGAGUAAGAUCCGGCGAUCAGUAUGGUCGGAAGAGUGACAGGACGUUGUCAUUUGAGCUGAGAUUGAUCGAUUGGGAGGAGAUUUUCUGCCGUGAGAGAUAACCACAGUCUGGCGUCGGUCGGUAAGAUAAUCUUUUCCUCUGUUCACCUAUUGUCGACGAGAUUCGAAAUUCAAGAGUAUGGUAGUUUAGACAGUUAUUUCGUCAAUCUACACUAGUCUUCUCUACCCUACGACACCCUGUCGUUUGGGGCCAAGGAGGCACUUUUCAUGCCCAAACAGGUUAGAGGAGAACUGAGUCGUUUUUCGAAUACCUCAUGAGUUACCUAGGUACUUUUCCGUUUAUAUAAAUAUGGAGUUUUCCUUGCAGUCUUUCCAAUAAACCACAGCGUUUUCUGUCCGAAUCACACGGGAUUGACAGUAGUCGAUCCCUCUUAAUUACAGGGCAGAAUAUGGGUUUAAAUCCCAGGAAGUUCCUGUCUAGAGUGGGGGUAUGAUCGGCUGAUACUGACAUUUAAGCCGGAAAUUGUCACUCAAAUGUGCCUUGCGUUUGGCGCUAAAACUCGUUAACUUACCAUCGCUAUGCACCAAGUAUUCAUGCAGGUGCGUAGUACUUAUUACAACUCUUAUAACAUCAGUCCUACCUUUCACCUGACUUUAGAUGUAAAUAACCGACGUAAUUUACAUUACAAGUCAUACACAAGAGUUAGCUACUGAGAAUGUGGAGGACCUGCCUCAUCGGCAGCGGUAAUAUAACACACAUAUGCCCCCUUCCCCACUUGUUCCCGCAUAGGUGAGUUGUCAGGCGGCUCCGCGAGCGACUUAUCAACACCUUGUCCAUCAGCCAAUGCGUAAUCUCGGUCUGACAGCCUACGGCACCAUGACUGGUCCCGGUCCGGGUGGCAUAUCCGGGGGCACGCGUUCGCUCCGUGCCGGUGCUGGCCUCUGCUCAGGUGUCGCCAAUUCCGACCUCAGCAGUCCAAGGGCCGCCGCCGCGGCGGCGGCGGUAGCCCGACUCGCAUCAGGCAGUCCUGUCUACGACUGUUACCAUGACGACAGUGGUGGAGGCCCGCCCAUUUGUCGUGUUGCCCGUGUUGUAUCUCGCGCCGCCGCCGCCGCUGGCGCCGGAGAUUGCUACAGUGAGGGCACCGAGGCGAGCAGUCGUCAGAGUGGUAAGUCGGACCUUCCAUCGACCCCUCUACUUAACACGGCUGUCACCAUGCCUCAGUUUCGUCAUGCCCCUUUCAUGUGCGACGGUCUGCGACCGUGGUUCUGUUGGAUUUGACUCACUAUUUUUGCCAGCGGGAGUCCAUGAACCGCCCCACUAACGGACCGUGCCCAGUCACAUUUUGAGUUAAUCGAUUCGUCGACUGAAGUCGGACUGAGGCGGUGGGUUUAUCGUGGAAGGACUGAGCUCAGUAGACAGCUAAUAAAACAUUUCUUCAAUACACCUCGGCCACCAUCUUUGGAUUUCUUGCGGAGGUAUCCCUGCAAGUGUGUUGAGGCGAGCGCCAACUAGGCAAUUAAAGAUGAAGUCCGAGUGCUUCCUCGGGUGGCCUGGUUUCAGGCGUUGGUCGCUGGAAACCUCCAGUUUUGCUCGUAUCCCGGCAGCACUACCCAACCUUCAAAACCGUGAAUGACUGACUCGACUGGUCACCGGUCUAUCUGACAAUGAAACUGGCGAGCUGGGUGUUUUACGCGGUUAUCAAUGAAUCCUUAAUACAAGCUGCUUCUUAUCAACCACCUGGCUUGUUCUAAGAUUUGAAUAGGAUGUUAUCCUACUGGUGUUAAACCGUAAUGCAGCGUUGUUUGCUGGCAAUUUUCGAUCGGUAUAUUACAGUACCGUAGUCACACAUCGUUCUAUUGUCGCUUUUAAUUUCCUCAGAAAUUAUCUACGAAGUUGGAGUAGAUCAGUUUAUUCAAGGUCUAUAGGCACAGACCGAGAAUUUUAUACAUAAAUAUUCGGGCCAAAGUCCAUCAGCCACAGCGGGUAACCGCGUAAAAUUCAUUAACUGCCUACUCCAACUUCUUAGAUAAUUUCUGAGGAAAUUAAAAAGCGACAAUUUCUAAACUGGCGUAUCUACCAGAAAGCAAACAGGGAAUGCUGGGGGACCCACGGACGAUCCGAACCCCUCGCAUCUGUGUCAUACAGCGGCAGAAUAUCGUUGAAACAUGCGUGUAUGGACUUUUGGCCAGUACCUCCUCUGUUAGUAUUGUAUCACCUUACCUUAAAGUACAUUGUCGCAUUUUACGGAGCUAUCGGUGUAUCGGAUACCAGUCCCCCGCGCCUCUACUGGCUCUCCGGCUACUUAGCUGUCAGAGUCUGUUUCCUUUGUAGCCAGCCUCCAUUAACGGUCCUUUCACCGUCUCUACCACCUGUGGACGCACCGGUUGAUCAGUAAGUAAAGGAUUAAGGCAGACCCCUCGCAGCCCCAAUGUAGAUCUCGAUUUCCCGUUCCCCAGCCACCAACUUUGUUUCGUGACGCCAGAUUAUUAGGAAGUAAAGGUCAUUACUAACGGCUCUUGCCUCCUGAGCUGGCCAGUUAGUAGGAAUUUCCCCUGACUCCUUUCUUCCACUCCUUGUUGCGGUUAUCCUUCGGAAAAACCCUCAACGACCAAAAGUUGAAAGAAAUAUCGGCUAGAUCGCAGUUGGUAGCCAGGAAUAAGGAAGCUGCCGGCGACCUUAACCCUAACUCUAACCUCAACCUAAAACGUUAACCGUUAACCCUAACGGCAACCCUAACCCUAAUCCUAACCUCAAACGUAAAACGGAAGCCAGAUGCGUCAGAUGUGAUUAUGAAGCCCCACAAAAUAGCCCCAGCAAAAAACUCCCCAGCCACCUGUAAUACGGGGCCUGGCUACCAACUGCGAUCUAGCCGAAAUAUCUUCAGUAGAAUGUGAUAACCGACAAAGACACCUAUUAAAGACAAGGGAGACUGGAGUGGACAUUUCUGAGCCAUUAGCCAUCAGCCAGCCAUGACUGGCCCCAAGUUUUUGCGACCCCCGCAACCGCAACCUGCUGGUCAGAAGUCGAACGCGGUCUGUUAGAGCCCCUCUACCCUUGGUAAUGCACCCGAUCAGAACAACGAGCCCCCGGUUCAGUGGUUAGGGUGUUCGACUUCUAACCAACAGAUCGGGAGUUCGAGCCUCAGUGGGUGCAAAGCCUGGGGUUGGGCAUAACUGGCCGAUGGCGGCUAGUAGGCCAGAACUGACCAUCCCAGUCUCCCUUGUCUGUGUCGGUAAUGUUUUUCUGCCUAUAACAUUAGUCGCUGAGAGGCUGCUGGUGUGGGGCUUGAGAUUGAUCUCCAGGACACAAAGCGGAACGAGUGUGUAGCGUUAAGUUUGCAUCCUGUAUGCCGACUGGAAGGAAGAACAUUGCGCUGCGUUUCAGACAGUUAAGGUGGCCUUUCCGGCCUAGUUUUCUUUCUCCCGGUUUUGGAAUCGGUUCUGCACACAAAGAUUUGGAGUUCGGAAUACGAGGAUCGACGCGAGAGGUAGACACUUGCCAUCGGCGGCCAUAUAUUGGCUCAGUCCGUCUCCAGGAUACUCUGGUUUUUGAGCAUUCGCUGUCCGACGCUGACCAGUAGUUUAGAUGAGGGCCGGUUGUCUUUCCGAAAUAAUGUAACAAAUACGGUGGUGCUUCCGAAUUUGGUUUUUUUCCCAGUACCCAGCAAUUUCUUUGUUCGGAUUCAGCUUAGGAGAACGACACGACUUCACCACGUACAUGACAGUUCAGUCGACACUGGUGAAGAGAACUGUCACUAUCCGACACUAUUCGCAGCGAUAACUUGCGCAUUGGAUUAUUUAUAGCGAAGCAGACUCAACUCUCUUCCCACAUUCACGAUGGUUCAACGGCGAGACAGAGGUUAGACGAUUCGCGACGUGUGUGUAGACCCCGUGGAGAUACUUCUGCCCCUGUCACAUGCGCACUGGUGUCCGAUUUCACGCGAUUUAGGCUUUAAAGAUAGAGGGGGGCGCAGAUAUUUCGAACUGCCUAAAAUGCCAACUUAAGAUCGAAAGAGAGAGAUAGAGAGGGCGAGAGGGAGACAGGGAGAGAGGGGGUCAUUGUAAUCCCACACCCGGUCCGAGCCAGCCCGUCGAUCGCGCCAAACGCACACACACAUACGCAACUGGCAUCUCCGUCCUUUUACUUUAGUUCCGAACAACUAUGUGUGCCUCCAGAGCGGCCUGAACAGUGGGAGUCCCUUGCCCGGUGGCAACCCAUCGGAUGUGCUUAUUGGACAACUGCCCUCCUCCAACUCUGCAGGUCUGGGCUUCCAAAGCACACAACAACCGCCGCCGCCACCGCCACAGCAACAACCGCCUCCACCACCCCCGCCGCCGCCGCCACCACCACCGUCGCCUCCCCAGCAGCAGCAGCAGCAGCCAACGCUGAGCCAAUCCUUCUGCGGCCCCUCCUUUGACACCGUACGAGUCACCUCUGAGAGGGGAGAACCCCAGAGCAGCCAGGGCUUUGGUGCUUUUGAACGCCAGUUCUCCGGUGCAACCGACAGCGAGGCGCGCACAGGUUGGUGAGCUUUUCGAUUGCUUUUCGUGGACUGCCACCUCCCAAUUCCACCCACCAUAUAUUUAAGUCCUCUCUGUCCUGUACGGGAAACCCUGUAGGAGAUCCCUUCCAGACAGAUCAUAGGAAUAAGCAUGCGUUUGCGACAGGGCUAAUUUUGGCCGCAAGUUCCUCGAUGUCCCUACUCCAGCGUCCGAUUUUCAAGAGCAACUUCUUUAAUCAGUGCCGGAUUGGCUAGGAGACUGUAGCAAAUGUGUUAAGUUUGCUGCGAGCUGGAGUCGGACAGCUGACAUAAAGCGUUUCACGCCUUAACACCACAUUCUUUCACGAACAGACGACGGCGGCGGAUAGAGGUCAGGGCGGGAUUAGCUACCAGGUUUUCCAGACUACAGGUUUGGCAGACUGAUGACGGUUGAUGAUGCUUCGAUGUUCUAUGUAGUUAUAGACGAAUCUUUCGAGCAUUUUCUUCUGGGCUUCCAUACCUCAAUACAUGACUGGCUACUGCCUUAUUGGUGGGUAACGUGUCACUAAAAUUGAACUUAUGAUCCCUCCCUAGGACACGAGACGCAUUCCGAGCCAACAUUUGUGUUUACGUAGCCAAAACCCCCCAUUUAUUGUCCCGUCUGGCUUACGUAGGUUCGAGGACAGGGAAGUUAAUAGGAAAGACUGGACCGUUCACGAGUUCUUUAUUGGCUUUUAACCCUCACUACUUUUAUGUGCAUAAAAGCCCAGGUCAGCGAGCAAACGCGAACACUUAGUCCAACGAGAGUGAGCUUGACAUUGGGGAAUAUAUUCUCACGGAAAAUCAGCGCAUUUUUCAUUGACGCCCUAUCAGUCGCAGCUUGGAAGGUUGUUCACUGACGGACUACCUCUGUCCUUCUUAAGCCUGAGACUGGGACGGCGAUGGCUUUCUCCUAAUAUGGUUUUUAUGACAGUUUAACUUAUGUAAGAUGCGGGCCACCCUUACUGUAGCCUGGUGGUCUGGAGUGAGGACCAGGUCGUGUGUGCGGCACGCGUAGACGGACUGUUAAGCUUUGUCAUUUACAGCCCCAACGUCUAACUCCGGUCGUCUUGACCUUUCCUUGUCAUCAGAGCAAGGUUGGUGAGGGAGGGGAAAGUGUAGGUGUUGGGUCAAUCACGCGGCAGACCUCGUCGCUUGCAACCAACCAACCUGCCAGAUUUGGGCCCGAUCGUGCUUGAAGGGCAGUGCCACUAUUGCGUCUGUGACUGCUUUUUCUAAAGACUCAACAGUCUGCUGAGUUUAAAACACGGCAGCGUUAAUGGAGUGGUCUUUAGCGACUUGUCAGGGACUUUUAUUUACAGCCCAACGACGUCUUUUGGCUGCUCUUUGGCGACUGUCCUCUUACCCAGUUAAAAACGGGACAUGCUAUAUGGGUAGACAUUUCACGGGUUUAAAUCAUCUCAUAAUUUGAAAUGUUUUUAAAAACGAAAAGUGCCCUUUCUUCAAAUAUACAAUUUUGAAAGGACGUAAUUUACCGCCAAAUAAGCACAUAAAAUAAUUUUUGCGCGUGUUUUCCAUAAAAUAUAUCUGAAUUUAUAUUGCAUUGAGAAAACCAGUAGAGAAAAUCACAUUACUUAAGCAGUCGUGUUUACAGAAAGUAGCUUUCUCAAGCAGCCGGAAAGAGGCUCGUUUAAAAAUGGACAUCCCGACGUAGCUGGAACAUCUUGUGAUUAUCCUGCGCGAUGGCGAAUCUAACGACCCUACCUUUCUCUAAACAAAGACACAUUGCAGAAUUUCGGUCAACAUUUCACGACAUUUUUUUGGAAACUAGAGUGCCAGAGCGGGGAGACCGCACCGCAAACAGCAAAAGGCCAGUUUAUUUCACUGCGUUAAGCCGUUCGGUGCUCACAAGUACGCUCUUCCGACACCCUAUGAAGCAUCCAGUCUUCUGACACUCUAGUGACGGAAAAUAUCUCGACUGUAUGCUUGUUCGAGCACGCUUGGCCAGUCCCGCGUGACGUGUAAUGUCGACACCGGCAACCCGGGGUAACUCUGACCACGCGCUUGUCGCGACCCAGCUACGCACCAGACUAUAUGUGGUCGAGAGGAAGCCGUCUACGAGGAAGCACGACGGCGACUGCUGCUGCCGCGGGCUUCUGCCUGGUUGUCUCCAACCGCCUCCGAGGCCUUACAAGGGCCGGCCAGGUGGAAUGCGGAACUCCCCCGGUACCACUGGUGGCUUCGCGCCAAAUUCCAGAGGGCACCUGUUGCUGUGCCCUGACUUUAACCUCGACACUUACCCUAACCCUAAGCCUCCUAGCCCUAACCCUAACGCUAACCCUCAUGGGCCUAACCUAAUCCCUACACUUAACCUGGAAUCUAGGGCAAGACCACCUCAGCAUGCCGGCCUUCGAACGAACUCCUUGAGUACAAAAUUGGGAAAAGACGCAAUUUUCUACCGAAUGAGCAAGAGAAUGAAUACUUUUAUGCAUGUUUUCCAUGAAAUAUAAUUGAAUUUUUAAGGGCAUCAAAAAUAAAUCAGGAAAAUGCAUUCUACUUAAGUCGUCGUUUUUACAGAGUAUAGCUUUUUCAUGCAGCCGGAAAGAAGUUCGUUCGAAAGCCGGCAUCCCGAGGUAACUGGAUUAUUAUAGAAUUAUGCAGCACAAUGAUUAGUUUUACAACCCUACUUAAUUAAUCGUUUCGAAACGAAAACGCAUUUCGGAAUUUCGAUUGACAGUUAAUGAUUAACCCACCUACUGUAUGCCAGCCUGUUCUGUGACAAUCGAAAGCAAAAUCUCCCCUCAGAGAAAGGCGUUUUCCAUCUACAAUCAAACUAACAGGCAAAAAGAGCAGCGCUUCAUGCACUCCCCGCUGAGCAUUCUGAACUCCGCCACCAACGAUUUGGUAGCCAGAGAAACCAGGUCCGAACCAAUUUUUGUGUUUGCCGUCGUCCAUUCAUCUAGAGUAUACACUUAAAUAAGAUCAACUUUGUCCUCAUUUAGACUUCUUGAAUUUCGGCUCUCGACCAGGUGAUCAGUUCAGUUUCAGUAGCAUGCGUUGCGGUGGCGGUGGUGGACUCGACUUCUCCCAGAACGGUGCCGGUGAGGUUGAACUCAACUCCAGAAGCACGGGUCCAGGAGAAGCUGUGGGGUCGAGGAAAUUCUUCCAGUCGGGGACAGAUGGGGCGACCCCCUCGGGCUCGGCCGUCACAAGUGCCUGUUCGUCCUCUUCUACGGCGCCGUCGGGGGACCCACGCCUAAACAAGCCAUCCACCCUCUCCACCGUCCCCCGUGUGACCUUCAAAGAGGUCAGCGUUGACAACUCACCCACCGAUGCACCCUCCAACCCCAGUUCUUCCAAUGACAGCGGAAUCGACAAUCAGGGCACCCUGCUGAACAAUUCCAAUCCCCGGAUGAUCAGUCACUUUGAUAAAGCAGGGGAGUUAGGUGUGGGCGGCGGUGGUGCGGUUGCACGCUUUUCCAGUCAGCGAUCUGGCGUAACCAGGGGCAGUUUACCACUGCCUUACACAUCUCGCAUUACUGUUGAUUCACCCGGAGAACCCACGUACUACAACCAGGAUCAAGUGAACGCUGGUUCCGCUGCCACCACUUCUGCCCAAUCAAUUGAUGAGCGGGUCGGUGAACCCUCGGCCUCUUCGCCUAACGCAGUCGACGGCGGAGAGGGAGCCUUCUCUUUCGAAAGGUGUCCCUCUAUGCCGCCAUUAAAUCUGCCGAAAUUGGAGGGUUUCGGCACCUCCGCCUCCUCCAAUGUCAUUUCCUAUCCCAGUCUCUCUCGGCGUUUCAAUCUCGGUCGCUCUUCGGCCUUCAAAACCACCAUGGGGCUCGGUGAAGGUUCGGCGCCUCGAGAGGAUGGCAUGACGCGCUCCAUGGUGCUUGCAGAUAAGGAUCGGUCGGGCCUGUGCAGCCAGGUAUAG